AUGGCUCAACCAGUCCCACGAGCCCAGUCACGAACACGCCCAACAGGCGUUGGCAGCUCGUUCGGAUCCGUGCGUGGUGAAGGGAGCAGCAGCUCUGCUUCCAGCAGAGUGAGAACAGGUCGCAACGGGAGCAUAGCCGGUGCUUCUUCAAGUGCAGUCUUGCCCGGAAAGAUGUCCGACUCAGUCAACGGUGUCGCGGCCCCUCGCACGAAACGAGCUGCGCUGUCCGACAAGAGCAACAUUGACGCUUCUGCUGGACAGGAUGCAGCAAACGGCAAACAUUUGCGCGCCUCAUCACAUGAUGCUGUCCUCAAGCACAAGGCAUCCACUUCUUCUACAGCUGGACCGCCGCCAAAAGCACCACGAAGCAAGCUCAGCUCCGGUAUCGCAGCUUCCUCAUCAGCUUCUGCCCUUUCUAGCACUGCGGGACCCGUUCACGUGCGAACAGGCUCAGCUUCGGGUGCUCAUGGAGUACACUCCAGGGCCAACUCCCACAACGGCGGAGAUACGGCCGUCGGUCAAUCCCGACUCCGUGGCGUGGCGCAACGGGUCGCCAGUGGCUUCUCGGCAUCACAGCAACCUGCUCCUGUGGCUCGAGUAGCCGCUAUGGAUGUCGACCGCACAGCGCCGUCGUCCUCUGCACCCGUCGUAGCCUCGUCCAGGAUGGCUGAGAUCGAAGACGAAGAGAUGAGCGACGACAUCGACAGCGAUUACCACAGCAGCGGAGAAGGGUCGAGCAACGAGCAAAGCUCGAAGACGGACCACGAGAUGGACUCGGACGACUCUGAAGGAGCGGAGCCGGAUGCCGAUGAGAAAGAAGUCGACGGUGAGACGCUGCUGGACGAUGCAGCUAGCAUGGCCGACUCCGACCUCGCCUCGCCACAUGCGCUCGACCCUGAUUGCUUGGUCACGUUGCCACCACAUCUCGAAUUGGAUGCGCAAGAAAGGAGACGCGCAAUCAUCGAACGAUACGAGCAGAACGUCAUCGUGCCCAACGCGCAGAAAGCUGCUGAUGAACGCAACCUCUUGGUUCAGCAAGGCGAGCUGAGUGCCGACCUCGCCGCUCACGACGACGAGCUGGCAUUGAUGGGCCUCGAUCCGGAGGAGGUGCGAGACACCAGCAUGGUCGCCGAAUACUCUCGAGAGAUCUUCGCGUACAUGUCUCGCUGCGAGCGCGAGACGAUGGCCAACCCCAACUACAUGGCAUUCCAAGGAGAAAUCGAGUGGCAUAUGCGCGCCACCCUGGUCGACUGGCUUUUGCAGGUACACAUGCGAUAUCACAUGCUGCCGGAGACGCUCUGGAUCGCUAUCAACGUGGUGGACCGCUUCCUCUCCGUCAGGGUUGUUUCGCUCGCCAAACUUCAGCUCGUCGGCGUCACCGCCAUGUUCGUCGCGGCCAAGUACGAGGAGAUUCUGGCACCCAGCGUCAAGGAAUUCGUCCACAUGACCGAAAACGGCUACAGCCGAGACGAAAUUCUCAAGGGCGAACGAAUCAUCUUGUCCACGUUGGACUUUAAUGUUUCUGCUUACUGCUCACCAUACUCUUGGGUCAGGAGAAUCUCGAAAGCAGAUGACUACGACAUCCAAACGAGGACGCUCUCCAAAUUCUUGAUGGAAGUCACCCUUCUGGACCAUCGCUUCCUGCGAGCGCGCCCAAGCCUUAUUGCAGCAGUCGGCAUGUUUCUCGCAAAGAAGAUGUUGAGUGGCGAUUGGGACGAUGCCUUCGUCUACUACUCUGGCUUUGUCGAGGAGCAGCUGGUGCCGGGUGCGAACCUGAUUUUGGAGAAGCUGCUGGACGAGACUUUUGCGGAUCACUUUGUGUCGCGCAAGUACGCUAGCAAGAAGUUCCUCAAAGCUAGCGUCUUUGCGCGCGACUGGGCUAUACGUAACCAGGCCGCCAUGAUCGCUGCUGCCGAAGAGUACGCAAGCGUCCCGAGCCAAUGA